AUGCGGUGCUGUAAGGUCCGGCUGUGGUGUGACUGUCCCUUCUGGCCGGACGACGGCAUGUGCCACUCCAGGGAUUGCUCUGUGGGAGAGUGCAAGGACCAUGUGGUCCCCCCCGCCCUCCGCUGCCCCUCCCCGCCCGCACCCUCGCUGCUCCCUGCUGACGUGGACGAGCCACGCGACGCUGACCUGGACCCGAGUGCGGAUGAGUCAGCAUCGGCUGAGUCAGCGGCGGGGUUGGUGGAUCGAACGGUGGAUCGGAGCGCGUUCCAGGCGUGGGUGGAGGCGGAUAACCCGUGGACGUCCGAUGAUGAGAGUGACACAGCCUCCCAAGUGUACGUGAACCUAGCCCUGAACCCAGAGCGCUACACGGGGUACGGGGGCGAUUCAGCGCGGCGCAUCUGGCAGGCCAUCUACCAGGAGAGCUGCUUCCAGGACGGGACGAAGGAUGAAUGCACGGAGAGGCGGGUGCUUUAUCGGCUUAUGUCCGGGCUGCACCAGGCUAUAUCAGUGCACGUGGCUGCUUCACAAAUAUGGGACUCGGCAGCAGGACAGUGGGGCCCCAACAUCACCAUCUUCCAUCACCGCGUGGCCAAGUUCCCUGAGCGCCUCGCCAACCUCUACUUCACAUUUCUCUUUGUGCUGCGAGCUGCCACCAAGGCAGCGGAUUUCUUGUCACGGGCGUCGUACAACACAGGGAACCCUUUAGAGGAUACACAGACGGCAGCGCUGGUGCAGCAGGUGGUGCGAAAUCAGAGGCUGCAGGCGGCUUGCCCUCUGCCGUUUGACGAGGCGAGGAUGUGGCGAGGGGAUGAAGGGCCUCAGCUCAAGCAGACGCUGCAGGGGCACUUCAGAAAUAUAAGCCUGAUCAUGGACUGUGUUGGGUGUGAGCGCUGCCGCCUGUGGGGCAAGCUGGAGAUUCUCGGGCUCGCCACAGUUCUUAAGAUCCUCUUCUCAACCACUCUCUAUUGCUCUCUACCACUCCCCACCCCUUCCCACCGCAGCCUUAUCAUGGACUGUCGACUGUCUGGUGGUGCUGGUGGUGCUGGUAGUGGUGGUGGUGGUGGUGGUGGUGGCAGUGGGAGUGGUGUGGGUGGUGCUGCUGACACAGUGCCGCUGCAAAAGGUGUGGGAGAGAAGCCAAGAUAAGGAGAAUUAUGACUAUCAAGCGAGUGCUGCACAGUAG